ACUACCCAGAAAUCCAUACCACGCAUGCGUAUUUCAGCAGGAAGUCUUAGUUGUUAAUCGGCUGCAAAAUGCGACAUUUCAAGUCUUUUGGACAAACCCUGACAAGAUGCCAUGGCCAUUUCACCAGUAGAUGUAGCAUGAGCUAUAUCCCUAUAGUAAUAGAACAGUCAGGCAGAGGAGAAAAGGCCUACGAUAUUUUCUCAAGGUUGCUGAAGGAUAGAAUUAUAUGCGUCAUGGGCCCUAUUCAUGAUGGAGUUGCUAGUAUAGUUGUAGCACAGUUAUUAUACCUACAGUCAGAAAGCAGGAAAAAGCCAGUCCAUAUGUAUAUAAAUAGUCCAGGUGGAGCUGUUACAUCUGGAUUAGCAAUAUAUGACACAAUGCAGUACAUAGAGCCUCCUAUAGCCACCUGGUGUGUAGGACAGGCCUGCAGUGCAGCAUCCUUAUUACUCUGUGCUGGAACGGCUGGCAUGAGACACGCAUUGCCAAAUUCAAGAAUCAUGAUACAUCAGCCACAUGGUUCAGCACUGGGGCAAGCUACAGACAUACAGAUUCAGGCUAGAGAAAUAAUAAAGAUCAAGUCUCAGCUAAACAACAUAUAUGCCAGGCACACAAAUUUAAAACUUGAAGAGCUAGAACCUUUGGUGGAAAGGGACACGUAUAUGAGUCCUUCAGAAGCUAAACAAUAUGGCCUUAUUGAUUCGGUUCUGGAACAUCCUCCAUUUCCAGGGGAAGAGGAGACAGAAACACCAGAGCAAACCUAGCACACUGAUUAUUAUAAUACUGACUCACCUUGCAUUACAAAUUGAUAUAUGCAUUCUAUGGUGUCAUUUUAUGAUAAUGCUAAGGGAACAGAACUCUUGUCUGUGGCAAAAUCUUGCUUUGUGUCUUUUCUUUGUAAAGGGAAGACAUCACAAUUUAUCAGUGACAUAUUUCUCUUGAAUAAAGGAAUGGACC